AUGACAGAAGAACUUUCUGCUUUGCAUAAGACAUACGCUUGGGACCUUAUAUCUCUUCCUCCAGGAAAACGUGCAAUUGGUUCUUGUUGGGUGUACAAGAUCAAAAUCGACUCACAUGGCACUGCCUUGUUUAUCAAGAGUACCUCUCAUGGUUGUAUCAUACUCUCUUUAUAUGUUCAUUACAUGAUUAUUACUGGAGAUGAUGAUAAUGGGAUUAUAGAGUUGAAAUUAAAAUUAGUUCGACAUUUUGAGAUGAAAGAAUUGGGUACUCUUCGAUAUUUUGUUGGGAUUGAAGUAGCUCAUUCUCCUAGAGGUUAUCUUCUUUCCCAAUCUAAGUAUAUUGGCACCAUUCUUAAACAAGCUCAUCUCUCUGAUACUCAGACAAUUGCUAGUUCUCUUGAGCUUGAUGUUCACUAUACCUCUUCUGAUCGAGUUCAUUUGUCCGAUCCCACUUUGUAUCGUACACUUGUUGGCAGCUUGGUAUAUCUUACCAUCAUUAGAUCUGAUAUUGCUUAUGCAGUACAUGUUGUUAGUCAGUUUGUUGUCUCUCCUACUACAGUUCAUUGGGUAGGUGUUCUUCACAUUCUUCGUUAUCUUCGUUGCACUCAAUUUCAGAGUCUUCUCUUUCCUACUUCUUCUUCCUUGGAAUUAUGUGCAUACUCAGAUGUUGAUUGGGGUGGUGAUUCCACCAAUCAAAAGUCUACCACAGGAUUUUGUUUUUUUUUUCUAGAAGAUUCUCUCAUUUCUUGGAAGAGCAAAACGCAAGUAGUUGUCUCUUGCUCUUCUACUGAAGUUGAGUAUCGUGCCAUGACAUCCACCACUCCAUAA